GUUUUGAAUUCUAUCUCACGGGCCCCGACACGACGACCACCGUGUGAGCCACACAACGACAGAGAGAGAGACAGACACAUGACUGACUUAAGAGGAAGGAGAGACGGAUAGAGGGCUGACUUGAUGGAUGGAUGGAUGCAGUAAUUGCAAUAAAAUGAUAACCUGACUUGAUCGUCUUUCCAAUCGCAUCCAGUCUUACUUGUGGCGUCAUUCAACGUGCAUAGCGGAUGGAGGCCAGAUUGCCGUAAUUCAGCUGAGCUGGGAAAAUGAAUGACCGUCGAAAACGGACCGUCUCGCACACCCAGUCGUUCCUCUCUUCUUCUCUCUUGCUGCCUUUAUGUACACAUACAUGGGGAACGUCAUGGGGAAGCCGGCUGUCUUAUUUGGUGCUCUUUCUCGCUCUUUGCUCGUCAAUGACUCGGCCGCAGCUGCGGUGAAGUCUAAUUGUGUUGGUGAUGCCAAAAAGGGUCCGGCUCGCCUGACGAUCGCUACAAUGCAGUACUUGGCUAAGACCGAUAGACUGCGAGUUAAAACAAACAUUGACACGGCCAGUAACAACAUGCAUCGACACAGACGUACUGACGCCCAGUCGUCUCGCACCACAUGAGAGAGGGUCGCUCCCUCCCCGACUCCCCACCCCUCCACCCCCCAUGCACAAGACACCGAUCCAUGCAGGCCCGUGUAUUCUGCGUGCGUCGCACUUUCUGUACAUCUACAGAACAGAAACCACGAAUCAAUGCGCAGAUGCAUCGAUUCAGUCACGCUUGACUGGCAUGAUGGCGGCCCAUGCGUAUGAGAUGGCUGCGGGAUUGUAGACCAGGCCCAAUCCUGAGCGGACACGCAGAGACGCACCCACACAAACACACAUAGGCACACGGAGCCUCUCUGUCUGUCUGUCUGUCUGUCUGCGAAUGGGUGGUGUAUUACCCCUUUUCUCAGCGAGCUCUACAGCCAUCAGGUCUACACACACAACACACGCACACACACACACAAUGCGACAUUGUCAGACACGGUCAGACACACAGACAGAUGGUGUUCUUACAAAAUGAUGCCACGCCGCCUUUCCAAUCCGGCAGAUCUUCACGUAAGAACAGCUCCGCUUUUUCCCUGCUGAAACCAGCAGAAGACAGCCUGCAGCAAGCAAGCACAGAAGCCACGAGGCACACACACAUAACUAGACGCACUCUCUCGCACGCACGCAAUUCAUUGGCAGUCACGUAGGCUGCAUCCCACCUUUCUGUCAGCAAUCCUUUCUUCAUGCGAUUCUCGCCGUCAAGUAGUACCAUAAACAUGUUCUCCCCGUCAGUCACCCACUGACGGAGCUCAUCAUCGGACGGCGGUGGGCCUUUCUUCCCAGCCAUCUGGCCCUGCCACACGGACAAACAAACUGGUUGAGAGAGGUCAGUAUGCGCGCCGUUGCCUCCCUUUUCCCACUCACUGCUGCCGUCAUGAUCGCAUCGAACCACCCGUCUUUGCCCAACGCUGGGAUGGCGUGAGUGAUCAUGGUGAGGGGAUGAAGCACCACCCGGUCAGCGGCGAGCAGACGUCUUUCUCUGGGCUUGCAGGUGAUGCCAUUGCCCCUGUUGGUGAAGCUGCUCGUGCACGGGUGAUGACGGAUGAGGAACGACAAUGCUCUUGUAGUGGUUGUGCCAGUCAGGGAAGCAGAUGACGCCGCUGUCGCCAGGCAGAUGGCAACGACCGCAUACAUCAUCCAAAGACGGAAAAGGGAUCUAGGCGGGUGAGAACGGCUGAGCUUUCCAUCCCGCUCACGCAGCUGCGCCUCGGCAGCUGUCUUGGAACUUCGUUGCUGCGCCAGUUCCGCCUUUAACGCCUCGACAUCGGCUCGUGCGGUCCCCACGCGCUCCUCACUCUCUGCCAGUGCCGUGUCACCCUCCACCAGCUGCGCCUCAGGCGCAUCUAUCUUGGACCCCAUCGCCGCGUUGCUGUCCUGCAGCUGCCUGAUGGUAGCUGUCUGCUGCUCAUCGCGCCAGGCCGCUUGCUGCCUCUCGAGAGCCAGCCGCUUCUCGAGAUCUGCAUGAGCAAGCCGCUCCUGCUGCUGCCUAAUCUGUCGCUCUGUUUCGAUGAGCUGGUCGGCGGUUUCCUCGUGCGUCUGCACCCGGGGAGAUGAUGGGUCUGACAUCCGCUCGUCCCUGGCAAGGACAAUCAGCCUGUGGUCGCCUGUGUGUCGAGAUUGCAGCAGAUCUGAGUACCGACGACGUCGUGAGCCCACGCUUGGCGUCCUGACGGCCUCAAAACCCUGCAAAGCUGGAGAUC